GUGAAAGUUCUUCAGCGCAACGGACGUGCCAGCCAGGAAUCUAAGCCAAAAUCCAUUUAUUUUUUUGGCGCGCUUUCAAAGUGUUGAAUAUUUUAGUUUAGUUUAUUUUUUUUUAUUUUUUUUUUGUUGGUUUUGAUUAAGUGAAGUUGGUUAAAAGUAAAAAUGAGGGAUUAUCCUUCGGUGCCCAAUGUGUUUCGCGUGGCCUCAACGCACAGCAUAAACAGCGAGAGUCCCUACAACAACAACAACAACAACAACAGCAACAACAGCAACUUCCGGCCAGCGAAUGUCAACUGCAACACCAUCGAAAGGCAGCCAAUGUCCAUCCACCAGUUGACCACCAGUGCAUCCAUCGAGCACAGUCACCCAUCGCAGCAGCAACAGCAGCAACAGCAGCAACAGUUGCUGCACCCCCAACAGCAGCAGCAUCAACACCAGCAACACUCGCCGUAUGCAACAUUGCCGCGGGGCCAGCGAUUUGCACCGCAGCAACAUCAGAACGCUGGCGUGAUCAACACGAUAUCCGGGAGUAUUCCAGCCACGGGAUUUGGUUCUCUGGCUGGCAGUUUUAGCGAUCUGCAGCUGAACAACAUCACCAGCAUCAGCAAUCACAAUAGCAAGAUCGCGAGCAACCAAAACAACCGACGACAGCAGCAGCAACGGCAACCACAGCAGCAACAGCAACAGCAGCAGCAGCAGCAACACCAACAGCAGCGACAGGUGGCCUCUUUAAAUCGCCAUCAGUCAGCCAAAGAGAUGCAACAGCAGCAGCAUCAGCAGCAGCAACACCAACAGCGACGGACGCAACAGCAACAUGUCCAGCCACAGCAGCAACAUCGGCUGGCCGCUGGUGCUGCUGGUGCUUCCGAUCCGCAGGGUGGCAAUAGCAACAUGACCACCAUCAACGGAAGCUACCUGUGGCUCCUUACACCUGUUGCCGCCAGCAUAUCGGUGGCCAUUGUCAUCGCCGCUUUGGCUGGACCCCAGUGGCUCUUCACGGAGGAAAAGCUGCCCAAUGCCAACUACAACGGAACGGCCAACUUUAAUGCCCUGGACGAUGGCGCCUACAUCACCAAGUUCACCAAGUCCAGUCUCUGGAUUUUGUGCACCACGCCGUCAGGUGUUGACACCUGGAAUUGCGUUAAGAUCGACUACUUUCCCCAUGAGGGCUACCAACCGGAUCCACACGACUCAACAGCAGCAAUACCCUAUACGGUCACCAAAUCCUGUCCGAUUUUCCUGGCUGCCGGGGUCUUUUUAGUGAUCAGCUUUAUAGUUUUUCUGAUCCCCACAUGCUCGCAUCAAAACAAUCUGUAUUAUUUUAGCGCCGGAAUUCUCUUUAUUGUCAGCGGUCUCGUCAUGCUAAUUGGCCUGAUUGCCUAUAUAUCCAUAUUAAAGGCGGAAAUCGGUUCCAAGUUGAGACCGCGCUCCACCCUACAACCCGCCCUCAUCAAGGUCUCCUACGGCCAGAGCUUCUUCCUCUUCGUCUUUGGAUUUAUCGUCACGGAAUUCGUUGGUGUCCUGAACAUAUUCCUCUUCAUUAAUUUGCAGGAGAUCAGCUACUAUAGUCGCCUGCCCUGUUUUAGUGUGGCAACUAUUCAAGGCAAGUUCAAGGAGGGUCAGCAUCCACUGAGCGACUCGUACAAGCGUUACAAGCAGCCCGGCGCUAUCACCGCCAGCCAGGAAGCACUCAGCGGUGGAGGUCACCAGGGGGGUCAUCAAGGGGUUCACCACUCGACGCACCACCCACAGUCAGCGGUGCAGCCAACCCACGGUAUCCUGAGGACCGCCAAUUCGCGACUCCACCAGGUCCACGAUGCGGCCCGGGGUCACCCCGGAAAUCCCGUACUCAUGGGUCAUCCCGGACAGACUCAGACCCUGCCCGGAGCAUGUCGCAAACAUCCGAAUGCGGGAUCGAAUCUAAAUCUCUAUCUAAACAACGACCUGGACAGGCGUUUCUACUUUGAGAAGCCGGCGGUGUCCAAGUGCAAUCUGCACUCGCGUAGUUUUGCCAAAUCGCUGAACGAGCUCUGCACGGAGGCGUCGGUGUCCUCCGCUCCCGUCCCCCUUCCAGUUCCCUUUCCUGCUCCUGUUCCUCCUCUGCCCCUUUCUCUUCCCGCUCCCGCUUCCCUUCCCAAUCCCAAUCCCGAUCUAAAUCCAAAUCCUCUGCCAGCUCCCGCCCUCUUUGCCGAUUUGCCCCAGGAAUUUCCACUCACCCGAUCAGUGUCCACCGCCACGGAAAUAUACUCGGCAGCGGCUCCAGCCUCCGGACAAAUGAAAAGGAAACAGCAGCGCAACAUGGCCACCAAUACGAACACGAAGAUCUCCAGCAAUCCGCCUUCCAAAACGCAGCUGGAGGAUCAGUCGCGACUUUGUGGCCUAAAGCGUGGACUGCGGAAAACCAAGGACGAGCUGUUCCAGGAGUUCUGCCGACGGGCCGGUAUGCGUAGCAAGCCCAAGAACAUAUACUACAUUAGCGGCGGCGAGGAGGCGGACGAGGAGGAGCAGCGGGCGGAGCAGGGAAAGCGGGAGGAGCUCCAGGAGGGCCAGAUUCGCAACGAUGACGAUGACGCGGACGGGGAUGACAACGGUUUCCUCCGCCUGGAGGAGGACCACCUCUACGUGGUGGGAGACCACGCCCAGUUGGUGGUUCCUCGUCGCUCGUCCAUGUGCGUGGACUCCUUUGGCCAGCCGCUGCGCAGACUCAACUCGAAUUUGUCGCUGCACACGGAUCCCAGUUACCCGGGAGUGGGCAUGGGAGUGGGUGGCUAUCCGGGGAUGCGGAUGCCAUUGCCGCCGCCCGCCGAUCUCGGCCAGAGUCGCACUCUACCGCGCUGCUUCCUGCGGCAGUCGUCCGAUUCCCUGGCCUCCCAGGGAUUUCCCUUGGCCUCCAGCCAGCAGAGGUUCUCCCAAUUGAUGCUGAAUCACCAGCAGCAACAGCAGCAACAGCAGCAACAGCAGCAGCAGCAGUUGCAGUCCCAGAAUCGAUUCGUCUCCUCCACGUUGACCUUGCAACAGGUGGCGCCCAAGGGUCAAGUGCAGUGGCCCACGGCGAUACCCUCGUCGCCGUCGAACUACUCGAAUGGUUAUCAACAGCAUCCGCAGCCCAUUUAUCCCACUCCAACUUCGGUGGCUCAAGGAAAUGGAGGAACUGUAGGUACUGUAGGUGCUGUAGGAGCUGUGGCAACUGGAGGAUCCAUUUCUGGACCAUCGAAAUUCCAGCGCGGUUUCGCCUUCGACGAUCAGCAGCAGCGAAGGUCCAGUUACGUGAGCGACGCCUUCGAUCUGGACGAGAUCGAGCGGGAGCGACGACGAUCCCACGCCAGUCUGUUUGGCAUGAACCAGAUCAGGGAUCCCUACGACAUCAUCAAUGGCACCGCCGUCUAGGCUGUUCCAUCUCUAUCAAAUGUCAGAUUCUAAGAAACCAAAAGAGCUAGUAUUUUUUUUCGGAUGUAAGGUGACAACAACAAAUUUAUAUCUAUUGCAAGAACAUGAAAAAGAAAAUUAAAUUUAAAACAAACA